CUUGCAUUUUCAAUUUAUUUUCCCUAACUUGAAUGUAUCUUUUGCUACAAAUAGGCACUAUUUUGUGCGCUUAAUCUACGGCCAAGGGACUGUCAAAAUUAUUAUGCUCUGCGACUCCAGCUGUAUUUAUAAAAUAAGAUUUUGCUGUUAUGAGUGAGGCAGGUGAAGAGAAAGGGCAGGGUGAUGCACAUGUGAAAUAUAUGAAAGAAUCUUCUUCAAAAGAUGAAGAUGAGGGCAGCAAACAGUCAAAACAGGCUACAGAAGAUGAGGGUAAACUGGGGGGUCCUCGAUUCUCGCCACCGCUGUACCGUCAACGGUACAUGUUUUGUGCUGACAUCCUGGAAAAACAUGGGAUAAAAAGUGUGGUAGACUUUGGCUGUGCGGAAUGUCAGAUCAUGAUGUACCUGAGGCAGGUGGCCUGUCUGGAGAGAAUAGGCUUGGUUGACAGAGAUGUGGUCACCCUUGAGUUGAGCAAACACAAGAUCCAGCCACUAAUAACUGACCACCUGGACCCUCGGGACAACCCGCUGACCGUCGAGAUGUACCUGGGUAGUGUGACAGAUUAUGACCCCAGGGUGGCUCAGUGUGAUGCUGUGACCAUGAUAGAACUAAUUGAACAUCUGACAGAACCUGAACUCAAGUCAUUUCCUGAUGCCAUAUUUGGAAGAAUUUGCCCCAGACUCAUUUUAAUCACGACGCCAAAUGCUGAUUUCAACCAGUUGUUUCCAGAUCUGACCGGUUUCAGACACUGGGAUCAUAAGUUUGAGUGGACCACAGAGGAAUUUCAGAACUGGUGUAGAGCGCAAGCAGAUAAAUACGAGUAUGAUGUGGAGUUCUCGGGGGUCGGGAUGGGACCCCCCGGUUCAGAGCCUCUUGGAUACUGUAGUCAGGCAGCCAUAUUUGUUUCCAAGUCGCCAACAUCAUCAUCACCUUUGCUACCAUCGUUAUCAUCAUCACCGCCUUGUGAUGGAGAUUUUAAGUACACAUUGAUCUCAUCUGCUGUACAUCCCCACAAAACAGAAAAGUUUACCCUGGAAGAGAAAAUGCUCCUGGAGGUGAACUAUUGCCUGAAUCAUUUGUCUAAAGACCCACUGUAUUCUGAAAGUUGGGAGAACGCCGUCCUUCCAAUAGGAAACCUUCACAAAUACGUGAAAUUGAAGGAGUUGUUCAAGACGGAGGAAGACCUGAGAUUUUUUCUGGCUGACCGUGGCUACCCUCUUACCCCUGACAGCACAUCUGUCAUAUUCCGUAUUGAGGAGGAGGGAGAGGAAGAGGAGGAGGAAGGGGAGGGGGUGGAGUGGGGGUAUCAACCCAUGGAGCCCCCAAACAAUGAUGGACAAUUCUCUGAUGCUGAGGAGGAUUUGUUGCCAUGGAACCCUCCAGAGAGUGAGGAGUGUUGGCCGGAAAUUGUGUGA